AUGAAGGGACUGCGCAAAGUGGCAGCAUCUGCAGUGGCUCUGUUCCUGGCAGCGUCCUUCAUAUCUUUCUCCUGGAGUGCACCUCAGGCUCAUUUCCAAAGGCGAAACUGGACUCCUCAGGCCAUGCUGUAUUUGAAGGGUGCACAGGGACGUCGAUUCAUCUCAGAUGAGAACCAGCAAAAGAAUCUGUACGAGAGGAUGCAGCUUGAAACACGCAGCCAAAACACAAAUCCUUUAUCUCUUUCUGAAGCUGCAGCACUCAUCUUUAGCUCCUUGUGGAAUACACAAGAAGGAGCUGAAGAAGAAACCGGUGAUCAUCACCCUGGCUCCUCGACAGAUAAACUGUCUAACUGGUGAAAUACCUCAAGGACCUUUAACAUUUGUACUGCCCUGAGAUCAUGCCUUGUGUAUUUCCUCCAUCCUCACUUCAGUUCCCGAGGGGUGCUGUGUAUACACCUCGCAAAAUCGUGAAUGCUUCUGAGUUAUUAGAAUGAUUAACCUUUAAUAGUUCAAAUAAGGGAAGUACUUAAGUUCCUGCUCUGUUUAAGACCAUUUCCUAUGUC